AUGCGUAGUUUUGUGCUCUUUUGUUCUUUAAUCGCGUUGACAUUGGCGAAGCCCCAAUAUCAUUAUGGAACUGGAGUUUCUGGAACCUUUGGCACAACAUCAACAUCAAGUGGUGUUACCACCAAUAAGGUCUUGACAGCACCAGUUGCAGUUUCGCAUGGACAUGGAGGAGGAAGUUCUUUAUUUGGCGAAUCCACCUUUGGUAGUGGAAAUUCCUUUGGAGGCGAUUCUUCGUUGACAACCAGUUCUACAAGUGGUGCAAGACCCAGUACUACAUUUGGAUCUGGUACAUAUGGAGGUGGAAUUGGAAGUGGCUCCAUCCAAAGAGACUCCUUUAUCAGUGGUUCUUCAAGCCACAGUACCUUCCAAGGAUUUGAGGCUCCAUUAGUGCACAAACACUUUAUUACAAUAUCGGCUCCCGAAGAUAAUGACAGUUUGCAAGCUAGCAAGAAUUUGGUCAUUGGACGUCCGCAAAAGAAUUAUCGUGUGAUCUUUAUUAAGGCUCCAUCUUCCAGUAAUGCCAAUGUCAAAUUAUCCGCCCAGUAUGCUCCACAGGAAGAAAAGACUGUCAUUUAUGUGCUGUCGAAGAAUGAGAACAGCUUGGAAGUUAGCGAUAUUGCCACGCCAGCACCUACAGUGCCAAGCAAACCAGAGGUGCACUUCAUUAAAUACAAGACCGAAGAAGAAGCUCUGCAUGCCCAAAAACAAAUUCAAGCUGAAUAUGACAAAAUCGAAGGUUCCUCUGAACACACAGAUGCUGGCAUAGCUCCCAUAGAAUCCGUUAUUGGAGUUUUGGGCAACAGUGGUGGUGUUUCAGGUGCUACGGGUUCUUUCAGCUCGGAAUCUACUCUGAGUACUGUGUCCUCCUCAGGCGGCUUACAUUUGGGAGGAUUAUCCGGUUCUACCCACACUGGGGGUUCCGGCUCCACCACUGUCUCAGGCGGUUCUGGCCAAGGCACUACCUUUGGAGUUUCUAUUCAAGGCACAAGCUUAACUACUGAUGAUACUGGUCAUGGAACUAUUCUCACUACAACAUCUGGUGGUUCCGCCCAUGGCAGUACAUUAGGCGGUUCUCAUUCUGACGCUAUCACCACCUCAGUUACUCAUCAUUUAAGUGGAAGCAGCAGUGAGGGAGCCAAAGCAACAGCCUAUCUUCCUCCAACAGUUUAA